GAUUUUACGUCAUCCGUGGGCUCUUCCGCGAUGGGAAUUGACAAUGCUGCGGAUCAUCGCCAACAUGAGCACAGGACCAAAAGAUCUGAAAAUGUUAAUUUCUCUCGACCUGUGAUUAUGGUAAAUCGGGGAGUAUUAGGAUUUUCGCUGCGCAUACAUCGCAUUGUGGCACCGGGCUAUGCCCGAGCACUAACUGAGUUGCACACAUUCAAGUGGCAAAACUGUUUCAAACCUUAUGACCGAGCUCCCAUUGACAAACUCCUAUAUG